AUGAUAGCGAUUUCGCCAUUACAAUUUAAGUACAUGGGCAGUGGCGAAGACUGGUAUCGUGUCGGCGAAGUAAACCUGCCAGAGCGCAUGGCCCAAGUCUUGCAGCUGCAGCCCGAUUUCGUAGAAUUCAUUACCUGGAAUGACGCCGGCGAGAGUCACUACGUUGGUGACUUCUGGCAAGAACAAAUUGCAGGCAGCAAUAUCGGAGAUUAUGCCAAUGGAUAUGAUCACAAAGGCUGGUUGCAGGUCAUUACGCCAUUUAUCAAAGCCUACAAGGCUGGCGCGACGAGUAUCUCUCAGAUUGUCCCGACUACCACUAAACCUGUUGGUGCAUUUUGGUACCGCCCUCUUUUGACUACUGCCAGCUGCUCCUCUUCGAUUGCCAAUUAUCAAUCGGCUCGUGAUGUUGUGAACUUUGCCGUCGUUUUGCCUUCUACUGGAUACACUAUCAAAGUUUUCAGUAACAACAAAUUGAUCGGCAGUUUUGUUGGUCAAAAAGGGCUGAACUACAAUAGUGUCCUAGGGCUUGCUGUUGGAGGGGGGCAAAUGAUUCAGGUUGUUGAUGGCUCUAAUAACAUUAUUGCAUCAGCGAGUGGAACAAAGAGUGUUCUCGCUCAGAGUACCAAUGCUACUUGCAAUUGGAACUAUGAGGUCGUGGGGCUCCCCUGA